UAAGUAAAUAAACAGUUUUCCUGAAAUUUAAGCGGAGCACCAACUAACAACAUACUCAAAUCUGGACAAGUUUCCAAUAGAGAUUUAGAGAGAAUCAUCCAUCCGAAUUUAGGGUUUACGUCCUUCCCCCAAAAAUCUAAUCUCCCAAAAUCGAAUUUGGUUUCAGUACCCUUUUUACCAACACCGUCUCGAUGGUAAACAAGAAACAACGUUCUUCUGGUGAUGGUGGUUUCAGCGAUACUUAUACAUGUGACUUAGAACUCCGAAUCAAAAACUCUAACGGCUUCCUUCCUCCCUCUCCUCCUGACUCCCCUGUCCUCAAAUCCACCGAGAAUUUGGACUCCACCCCCACCGCUGCUGCUGCUGCUUUCGAUGAUUCACUAACCUUGUCCAAGAGUAGGAGGAAGCGUAAGGCUACGCUGUCUCCUUCAUAUGCUCCUUCUGAUUCCAAGAGACUCUGGAGUAAAGAUGACGAGCUUGUCAUUUUAAAGGGCAUUGUUGACUACCGGAACAAGACAGGACUGGACUACCGUUCUGAUUCAGCUGUAUUUUUUGAGUAUAUCAAAGAUGGCAUUGAUGGUAUAGUCUCAAAGGAUCAGCUCAUGAAUAAGAUCAGAAAGUUGAAGUCUAAAUUCCGAAAUAGUUCGGUUAAAAAGCCUAGCUUUACUAACCCUCAAGAUUCUGAAAUUUUUGACUUGUCCAUGGCAAUAUGGGGCAAAGUUAAACCUGGAUGUGUUGAUGACAGUGCUAAGAGGACCAGGAGCAAGGUUCAGGCUUUCGUGGAACACGAGGUGGUGACAAACGGUGGUGAACCAGAGAAUGAUGAUGGAUUAGCAAAAGGUAAGUCUUUUGACAAAAAUGCUGACAAGAAUACGGAGAAUGAGAAUAAUGGGAAGAGGAGUGAGGAAGAUGGAGCAAUGACAAACGGUAAACCUCAAUAUGAUAAUGGCGCUGCAAAAGGCGGCUCUUGUGACGACAAAUUACCCUCUGAAAAUGUCGAGAAACGUGUGGAGAAGAAGAAGGGUGAGAAGGGGAGUGAGGAAGAAGAUGGUUCUGCUGAUGAUGAGCUGUGUGCUUUAAAGGACGCACUUGAGGCGACAAUGUUUCAGCAUAUAGGGAACUACGCACAGAAGCAGAUGCUACAGAAGUUGAAGACCAUUAAAGCCAAGGAAAGGAAAGAGCUGAGCGGUGAAUGGAAGUCAUUACUUGCUCAAGAGGCGCUAUUGAAGAGCAAGAAAUAUUCGUUUACUGCCAAACUCGCAAAUGCAGCAUUUCAUAAUUAGGUAGUGAUGAGUAAUGACUUCCAAAAGUAGUUGGGUGGGUAAAACUUCGCUUUCUGGAACUUGCCUAUGAUCCGAUCAUGUGGUGAAGCGUCACAAGUAUUUUGUUAAUAUACUUUGUAAUGAAACCGUAGUUGUUUUGUUUAUUUGGUUUUAAUUUUUUUUCUUUCUAAAAU